CUGUGUUUAGGAACAAGCUGCUACCAUCUUAACAGUACAGUGGUUUUAUGUAGGUUACCGUGUAAUAAGGGUCUCAGUGUUACACAAUAUCACUGACCAUGAACAAGAUGAAGAAGAAGCUGCCUGAGCGGAUCCUGAAUCACAUCCUGGAGAUUCUCUACCUGCUGACGGGAGAGCGUGUGACUAACUCACCGACAGCGAGUCACAUGACCGGGGACAAGAAGACGACAGAGAGAAUACUGACCCACACCCUGCAGAUCAUGUACCUGCUGACAGGGGAGGUGCCUAUAAAGUGUGAUGAUGUUGCCGUGUAUUUCUCUAUUGAGGAGUGGGAUUAUAUAGAGGGACACAAGGAACUUUACAUGGACGUCAUGAUGGAGACUCACCAAGCACUAAGGACUAUGGCGAUCCCAGGAAACGAGAACUCAGGUGAAAACAAUGCUAAAAUUUCAUCUUACACAGAACAAACAGAAGAUCAGUGGCUAAGAAAUAUAACUGAAAAACCAGAGCAGGAAAUCUGUGAUAAUAUUAAUACGGGUGAAAACGAUGCUAAAAUUUCAUGUAACACAGUACAAACAGAAGAUCAGUGGCUAAGAAAUAUAACAGAAACCCGAGAGCAGGAAAUCUGUGAUAAUAUUAAUACGGGUGAUUUUAAGACUGAAGUCACAAUUAAUGCUGAACAGAUAAAUUAUAUGUAUGUCGAUAGACAACUGGAUGCUUUGAAGCAAGAAAACAUUGAGAAUAUCAGUACAGGUGAAAAUGAUGCUAAGAUUUCAUGUAACACAGAACAAACAGAAGAUCAAUGUCUAAGAAAUACAACAGAAACUCCACAGCAGGAAAUCUGUGAUAAUAUUAGUACAGGUGAUUUUAAGACUGAAGUCACACUUAAUGCUGAACAGACAAAUAAUAUGGAUGUCGAUAGACAACUGGAAGCUUUGAAGCAGGAAAUCAUUGAAAAUAUCAGUACAGGUGAUGUUAAGAAUGAAGUCACACUUAUUGCUGAGCAAAUAAAUGAUCUGUACGUAAAUAGUCAACUGGAAGCUGUGAAGCAGGAAAUCAGUGACAAUAUCAGUACAGGUGGAUUCACAAACUGCAGUAAUCCUAGUUACGGUCAGAGUGCAGAUCCUUCAUUCAAUCGUUUUCAAAAUCAAAGAAGCCAAGCAAGAUUUUCAUGUUCUGAAUGCGGUAAAUGUUUUACUUGGAAGUCACGACUUAAUAGACAUGUGAAAAUUCAUACAGGCAUAAAAUUGUUUUCAUGUGCUGAAUGUGGAAAAUGUUUUACUUGGAAAUCACAACUUUCUGACCAUCUGAAAAUUCAUACUGGAGAGAAACCAUUUUUGUGUUCUCAAUGUGGGAAACGAUUUACUUGGAAAUCACAACUUAUUAAACAUCAGAAAAUUCAUACAGCAGAGAAAGCAUUUUCAUGUUCUGAUUGUGGGAAAUGUUUUACCUUGAAAUCUAAUCUUACCUACCAUCAGAAAAUUCAUACAGGAGAGAAAGCUUUUUCAUGUUCUGAAUGUGGGAAACGUUUUCCGUGGAGAUCACGACUUAUUAAACAUCAGAAAAUUCAUACAGUAGAAAAAGCAUUUUCAUGUUCUGAAUGUGGGAAAUGUUUUACCUUGAAAUCGAAUCUUACUUAUCAUCAGAAAAUUCAUACAGGAGAGAAAGCUUUUUCAUGUUCUGAAUGUGGGAAACGUUUUACUUGGCGAUCACGACUUAUUAAACAUCAGAAAAUUCAUACAGUAGAAAAUGUAUUUUCAUGUUCAGAAUGUGGGAAAUGUUUUACCAGGAAAUCACAACUUAUUGCUCAUCAGAAAAUCCAUAUAAGAGAGAGAGGAUUUUCAUGUUCUGAAUGUGGGAAAUGUUUUACUUGGAAAUCACGACUAAAUAGACAUCUGAAAAUUCAUACAGGAGAGAAAUCAUUUUCAUGUUCUGAAUGCGGGAAAGGUUUUACGUGGAAAUCACAACUUUCUGACCAUAUGAAAAUGCAUACAGGAGAGAAAGCAUUUUCAUGUUCUGAAUGUGGAAAACGUUUUACUUGGAAAUCACAACUUAUUAAACAUCAAAAAAUUCAUACAGCAGAGAAAGCAUUUUCAUGUUCUGACUGUGGGAAAAGUUUUACCUUGAAAUCACAUCUUACUUACCAUCAGAAAAUUCAUACAGGAGAGAAAGCUUUUUCUUGUUCUGAAUGCGGGAAACGGUUUACUUGGGAAUCACGACUUAUUAGACAUCUGAAAAUUCAUUCAAGAGAGAAAGCAUUCUCAUGUUCUGAAUGUGGGAAAUGUUUUAGUUUGAAAUCAUAUCUUAUUACGCAUCAGAAAAUUCAUACAGGAGAGAAAGCUUUUUCAUGUUCUGAAUGUGGGAAAUGUUUUACCUGGAAAUCGCAUCUUACUGACCAUCUAAAAAUUCAUACAGGAGAGACAGCAUUUACAUGUUCUGAAUGUGGUAAAGGUUUUACCUGGAAAUCACGACUUAUUAGACAUCAGAAAAUUCAUACAGGAGAGAAAGCAUUCUCAUGUUCUGAAUGUGGGAAAUGUUUUACUUUAAAAUCAUAUCUUAUUACUCAUCAGAAAAUUCAUACAGGAGAGAAAGCAUUUUCAUGUUCUGAGUGUGGGAAACGUUUUACUUGGAAAUCACUACUUAUUAGGCAUCUGAGAAUUCAUGCAAGAGAAAAAGUAUUAUCAUGUUAUGAAUGAAGGAAAUGUGCUAUUCUAAAAAGGUAUUCUUAAUACUUAUUAGAAAAGGUAUACAUUUAAAAAAAAAGUCAUUUUCAUUUUUUGAAUGCGGGAAAUGUUUUCUUAGGAAAUCAGUAUCCCCAGCUCUAAACUAUAUACUUAUGCUGAAAAAACAGCAUGCAUGAAACACGUAUGAUUUACCAACAUGUGCUUUCAUUCGCUGUGAUUCUACCAUGUAUGCUUUAGUCACUAGUUGGAUCAUCAUCUAAAGCAGAGUGAGGAGGGGUUUCAGAAGUUGCAACUUUGAGUACAUAUAUUAACCCAUUUUGAAAAAGUUAAACACAAUGUAAAAGAGAAAAAAAACCUUUAAAAAUAAAAAGCUGAAACGACAUAA